AUGAGUGGAAGGCAGAUCUCUGUGUGUGUGUUGGCGGGGAGACGUGUACUAUUACGAUUGAACAGAAUCCAGAACCUCCAAAAACCAUGUGUAAGCAACUGUGACUCGAGGAAUAAUGAUGAACAUGAAACAAAUGCAGUCGCACGCAGUGGGUAG